GUGAAAUGCUUUACUACCGCUAUCCUGAAGUCUGCCUGUGGAAUGAAUACAACAUGCAUAUGUGCUGACGAGGCCUUAAAUGCUCAGGCUAGAGCCUGUGUGUCAUCUACUUCCACUGUCAGAGAAACGCUAACGACAUUGAACGUCACAAAUACUCUCUGUGGCAUUGAGCCAGAGAAGGACCACUCAUUUGUUCCAAUAAUGAGUGCAUUCUUAGCUCUCACCUGCCUCACUGUUAUAUUGCGCCUGCUGGCAAGGCUUGUCAUGGGUGCUCGAUAUUGGUGGGAUGACCUUUGCAACAUUCUCGGAAUGAUAUGCACCACUGCCUUCACAGUCAUCAUUCUUCACGUGCUGAUAUCCGCCAAAGGGAGACACGAUGGCCUCGGUUGGGACAUCUGGGCCGUUCCACAGGAAAAUCUUACCUUCCUAUUCAUGCGCUAUUAUGUUGCAAUGGUUAUGUAUGGUGUAGGCCGAGCCUUUGUUCGCCUUUCCAUUAUACUCUUCUAUUUCCGAAUUUUCAACAUUGGUAAUGCUCGGCCUGUUAUGAUUUUUACAUUUGUUCUUGUGAACUGUCUAUCAGCUGCUCUUGUUCUCACCUUGAUCUUCCAGUGUACUCCCGUAAGUUAUCACUGGCUGAGGUGGGAUGGCGAACACCAGGGCAGCUGUAUCAAUCUGGCCAUGUUUAUGAAAUCUACUGCGAUACUCUCUGUCAUCGUUGAUUUCUGGCAGCUGGUUGUCUCCAUACCCUUUGUCAUUCGCCUCAACCUUUCCUGGAAAAAGAAGCUACUGAUCUCAAUUAUCUUCUUGGUGGGAAUGGGUAUAGGGGAUGUGGUUGAUAUUGGAAUGAUCUCAGCCAUCGAGAUGGAUGUUGGUGUAAUCUGUGCUUGCCUACCAAGCAUCCAGGUACUCUUCAAGUACUGCCUCCCGAGGAAGCCACAUUCUUCAUCAACAUAUUACGGACGGAAGAAAUCAACUUUGGACGCCUCUGGUAGUGGAAAAGCUUCAUUAUCGGCAAACCGCAGCCCGCUAUCACCGAUCAAAAUAAAGACGACUAUACAGCAGCAAAAGGGGAGGACAGAAUCCGAAACCUACUUACCCCUGAACGACCUAUCUUACCCAGGCAACAUCAAGAACAGUAAUAUUGAUGCAUUUAAAAGUACCAGAGACGACAGGUCUGGGAGAAGAGAGACCUGGGAAAAUUGUUGA